UCCAGUUUAAGUUCCAGAUCGUACAGCAUCAACACCCCAGGUUGGAUUCCGUGAAACAUCGCCUCGCCAUGGAGCAGCCGCAGAAUCUCCGGACGUUGUUCACGGACGCGAAAGCCGAGAAGGCGGCGUUGGAGGUGCGCCCCGACAGCAACACCGACGCCUAUCGCAGUGAUGUCAGCGCAACAAUAGCCAAGCUCGAGGAGUGUCAGCGACAAGUGGGCUUGCUGGCCCUGUUCAGCUCGAAUGAACCGCUGGAGGACAUUUCCACGACAGAUAUCCAAUACCUAACGGUGGAGUAUCUCCUCGCGGACCUCCUCCAGCGCUCCUACAGCUCCGACCGCGAAGCCUCCCUCCAACGCGCGCUCGCGCAAUACGAACGAUUCCUCGGCCGACUCGACGAUUACGAUAUUCUGAAUGAGAAGGACAAGAAGCUUUACGAACGUUACGCCGCGAAUCCUACCUCGUUUUCCCUGACCACGACCAACGACGCCGCGACCCGCAGGGAGGUGAAGAUCAACCGGUUCAAGGAGGAGAAGGAGCUGAAGCAGAAACUUGAGUACUUUACCAAUAACCAAAGCCGACUACAAGCCGACGACGAGGAUGUCCGGAAGCUUUAUCUCGCGGAGAUCGACCUUUACAUCCACCAGGCGUUCCAGUCGGUGGAUCUGCUGUCACAGGAGUUGACAAUGCUCUCGAACUUCCGCCGUGCGGCUCCGACACCCACGCAGGCCCUGGAGGAUGAUGCGAGGAGAAGAGGCGAGACAAAGGACUCGAGCUAUUCUGAGCGGCUGGAUCGGCCCAUUGCGGAGCUUCUAAGAGGAGGGAAGUUCGGGCCUAUCUUGAGUAAGGAGGGCAAGCCAAUGCAGCCGUUUACGCUGCUCGAUCGCAGAACACAGCUUCAGCAGGGCGUCUUCAGAUCCGGACACAAUCUCCCCACGAUGACAAUCGAUGAAUAUCUCGAGGAAGAGCACAGAAGAGGCAACGUCAUUGAGGGCGGCGGGGAGAAAUCGGGUAUAAAGCCGGAGGUAGAUGAAGAUGACUUCGACAUAGCUGAUCAAGAGACGAUGAAAGCCAGAGAGUGGGACGAGUUCAAAGAAGCGAACCCGAGAGGCUCGGGAAACACGCUGAAUAGAGGUUAAUAGUAUGUUGAUGACUUGAUGCACUGCCAAUAUAGCCAUGAAUUUAAUAAAGCAUUCUCUGCUUUUACUCGACCAUUUAGGGUCCCC